CUUUCUCACUCCAGAGAGGACAGAGCCAUUGAGCAACCAAGAGAUCUUUUUCGGUGCUCUGAAUACCAACUGGAACAAAGUCUGAGUCUAUUAAUUUUUGUAUUGAAGCUUUUAUUGUGGAGUGAAUUGAUAAUUGUUUUGUGGAAGUUAAGCCAACAGGUGUCUGAAACCUCGUUCUGUAGCAGAGGUGCAUCGUAAUGACAAACUCAACAAACUGCAACAACAGUCUAAAAUUGAGUUACAAUGUUCGACUCAUUCAAGUCAUUAUUUAUGCCACAAUUUUCCCUUUUGGAGCCAUAUUUAAUGUCCUUGCCUUGUGGGUAUUCUGCUGCAAACUGAAACAAUGGACAGAAACCAGGGUGUAUAUGAUCAACUUGGUCAUUGCAGACUGUUCUGUAGUCUUCACCUUGCCUUUCACAAUUUAUUUCAUCUGGAAUGACUGGCAUCGUGACACACUGUGCUUAACUAUACAGUCUAUAUAUUUAAUAAAUAUGUCUAUGAGCAUCUAUAUUAUCACUGUCAUCUCAAUCGAUCGAUACAUUGCCAUAAAGUAUCCUCUGAAGGCAAAGAGUUUAAGGUCACCAUGGAAGGCAGCUCUUAUCUGUGGGCUUCUUUGGGUAUUAACGAUAACUGGUCUGAACAUAAAACAAGAGACACGUGAACCUUUGUGCUUUCAGAAGCUUUCCACGAAACCAUCAACCAGUGUUCUAUUUUUCUUGAUCUUCAUUUUUUUAAUUCCACUAAUAAUACUGAGCUUUUGUUCCAUGCACAUCAUCAGGAGUCUUAAAAAAAGGAUGCUCACAAAUCCACAGGAAAAUAAGCUAAUAGAGAAAGCUAUCUAUAUUGUUUCUGCAAAUAUGAUUGUAUUUAUAGUGUGCUUUUCACCUGUCCAAAUUGGGAUGCUUGCUAGGUUUGUGAUGGAAAAAAAUGGAGUUAACUGCCUUGCAAUCCAGAAGAUUAGAACCUUUAUUAAUGUGACCGCAUGUAUAGCAAAUUCUAACUGUUGCAUGGAUGCCAUUUGCUACUAUUUUGUGGCCAAGGAAUUUCAAGAAGCUGCUUCCUUUUGUAAGCCCAAAUCUCAUCACUCUAAGGGUACGUCUUCACUACCCGCCGUAUCGAAAACCAGGUUGACACUGAGCUUAAACAAGUAG